GCAAGCUCUCACCGCCAAAAUUUCCAGAAGCGGCAGAAAAAAAAGUUUCGAGAUUUACUGUGAAAGGUGCCCCACUGCUUCUGUCGCGUCUGCAAAUCUUGAUUAAAGAGCUGUACGAGUGUCUUUAAUUCGACAAGAUGGCGCCCUCACAAAAGCGAAAACCCGCGGAAGACGACUUCAUCUUUACAAUUGACGACAAUGACGAUAUUCCCGUCGAGGAGGAGGAAGUGACCGCGCAGCCUCCCAAGAAGAAGGCCAAGACCAGCAAAAAGUCAAAGAAGUCAAAGCGUGCCGCCAGUCCUGAAGAUGACGGGGAGGAGAAUGGCGUAGAGGGUAUUUGGGGAUUCAAUGAUGACGACGAUGGUGCUAUGGACUCCGAAUUUGAGUUUGGUGCUGAGGAGGCUGCCGAGCUUGGUACGGUAGAAUUCGAGGGAUGGGGGUUUGAUGGCGCAAAGAAGGGCAUGGCUGUCGACAAGAAGGGUGUGGAUCUGGAUGAGAUAAUCCGAAGACGUCGAGAAAAGAAGCUUGGAAAAUCUGAUCCCGAAGAGACUGCCGAUGCUGAAGAGAACGAGGCCAUGGACGUUGAUCUGGACGACGAUGAUGACGAGGUUCUCGCAGACGACGCAUUUGGUAUGAACGUUGCUUCCGACGUUGAGGAAUCUGGUGAUGAGAAGGACGAAGAUGAUGAGGACGAGUCUGGAGCUGAAGACAAAGACGAGAAUGAGGAAGAUGAUGAUGAUGCCGCUUCAGAUAACGACUCUGUCGCUACUCCCACAGGACACCCUGACGACGAUGCUUCCGACGAUAGCGACGAUGAGGACGCUGAGGAAGAAGCGAAACGAAAGGCUUUCUUCGCCCCUGAGGAAGAGGAGGCAUCUGGCAAGAAGAGUGCCACGUCUUUCCAAGCCAUGUCUCUGUCACGGCCAAUCCUCCGUGGUCUUGCUUCAGUAGGAUUCUCCAAACCUACACCCAUUCAGGCCAAGUCAAUUCCUAUUGCGCUUAUGGGUAAGGAUCUUGUCGGUGGUGCUGUCACUGGUUCCGGAAAGACUGGUGCUUUCAUUGUUCCUAUCCUGGAGCGUUUGCUAUACCGACCCAAGAAGAUCCCCACCACUCGCGUCGUUGUUCUUACUCCUACUCGUGAAUUGGCUAUCCAAUGUCACGCUGUCGCCACAAAGCUUGCUGCCUUUACUGAUAUCAAGUUCACUCUUGCUGUCGGUGGUCUGAGUCUCAAGGCUCAGGAGGUCGAGUUGAAGUUGCGACCAGAUGUCAUUAUCGCUACUCCUGGUCGUUUCAUUGAUCACAUGCGAAAUUCUGCCAGCUUCAACGUUGAUACAGUUGAGAUUAUGGUCCUCGAUGAAGCUGAUCGUAUGCUUGAGGACGGUUUCGCCGACGAACUGAACGAAAUUCUCACAACACUCCCUAAAUCACGACAGACCAUGCUCUUCUCCGCUACCAUGACUUCGACUGUCGACCGUCUUAUCAAGGUCGGUCUUAACAAACCUGCUAGGGUUAUGGUGGAUUCUCAGAAGAAGACUGUUACUACACUGGUGCAAGAAUUCGUUCGUCUGCGCCCUGGCCGAGAGGAGAAGCGAAUGGGUUACCUGGCACAUGUUUGCAAGAACCUCUACAAGGAGCGAGUCAUUAUCUUCUUCCGACAAAAGAAGGAAGCUCAUCGAGCUCGAAUUAUCUUUGGUUUACUUGGCCUCUCAUGUGCUGAGCUUCACGGUAGCAUGAACCAAACACAGCGUAUCUCAAGUGUUGAGGACUUCCGAGACGGUAAGGUGGCGUACCUAUUAGCCACCGAUCUUGCUUCCCGUGGUCUUGAUAUCAAGGGCGUCGAUACCGUCAUCAACUACGAAGCGCCUCAGUCACUAGAAAUCUACGUCCACAGAGUCGGUCGAACAGCUCGUGCUGGUCGCAAGGGUACUGCUUUGACAUUAGCUUCUGAGACAGACCGCAAGGUCGUCAAGGCUGCUGUGAAGGCUGGCAAGGCCCAAGGUGCCAAGAUUGUCAGCCGACAGAUUGAGGCCGCAGAGGUUGAUGCUCUUCAAGCACAGAUCGACGAGAUGGAUGAUGAAAUCGAGGAGAUCAUGCAAGAAGAGAAGGAAGAGAAGCAGCUCGCCCAUGUCGAGAUGCAAGUCAAGAAGGGCGAGAACCUGAUCCAGCACGAGGCUGAGAUCAAGGGACGACCUAGGCGGACAUGGUUCGAGUCUGAACACGACAAGAAGCAGUCCAAACAAGCCGGCAAAGAUGAACUCAACGGCAUGAGAGAGGCGAUGAAGAAAAAGACGGGCAAGCUAAGCAACAAGGAUAAGAAACGCCUUGACGCAAAGCAACUACGUGCCGAGGGUGGCGGAGAGUGGAGGAAGGGCAAGUCGUCAGAGGCUGAUAUGAAGGCCCGACAUAAGGAACAGGCCAAAACAAGAGCCAAGGGGAGGGCGAGUCAGGGCGGAGACAAAGACGCGGCUCGUAGCAAACCCAAGGGAAAGGGAAAAGCCGGUGGUAAGAGGAGAUGAGCUAAAAGUUUAGAGGAGUUUAUUGGCAGCGAUGUAUAGGCAGAUUUAGGUUAAUAAUAUCCAUGACCAUACAAAACCC